CGUACGCCCGCUGGCCGCGGGGACCCGUGGCCGAACCGGCUGUGCCCGCCGUGGCCACAGCCCGGUGUCCGCUGCCGCCGCUGCAGUUGCGAUCCGCCACCGGGCUGUGCGCGUCGGAAAAGGCCCCGGGUGCCCGCGGCUCCGGGCGGGGAAGGAGGGGGGCCUGCGCAGAGCGGGGCCGAACCGCGGGCGGAGGGCGCAUUAACACUUGCUCGCCAGGUUGGUGGAGGCGGGGCGGUUUUGCAGGCGGCCGCCGGGCGGCGAGGGUGGGGGCCCUUUAAAGCGCCCACCAACGCGGGGCCGGAGGGGGGCAGGGAGGGGAGGGAACUCCUGGAGGGUCUUAGGCCGGCCCGCGAGACGCCGCAGAGAGAAGAUGCAGUGAGGUCGGCCUGGCUGGAGUCGUGGAGCCGAACGCCACGGGUGGCGGGGGCCAAGUGCUGCUCCCCGCGGGGGCGCACGGCCGCAGGCCCCGGAGGUGGUGCCUUCCCCAAAAAACCGGCGAGGGGGGGCUUCCUCGCGGCCUCUGCCGGGGCUGCAAAGAGGCUGCCCUCAGCCUCCGCUCGGCUCCUUCCCUAGUGGGAGGGCGAGAGGGAAAGAGGGAGGAGAGAGAGGUGGGGGAGGAGGGAGCUGGGGAGAGGGGGGCUCCGCGCCAACCGCCGGCGGAUCCAGCAGCUCCUCGGGGAGGACAGGCGGGCGGGCGGGCGGGGGAGGGCGCGCCGAGGCCCGCUCCGGAGAAGUGGCCGCGGAUGACGGCAGAGGUGCAGCCAGCCCCGCGCGCGCAGCCCCCUCCCCCUCGCCCUCCUGCCCCCCCUCCUCUUCCUCCUCCUCCUCCUCCUCCCGGCUCGUCGGCGGCGCAGAGCAGCGGCGGCAGCGGCGGCGGCAGCAGCCACCCGAUGUCUUCGGCGCCCGAGAAGCAGCAGCCACCGCACGGCGGCGGCGGCGGCGGCGGCGGCGGGGGAGGCGGCGCGGCCAUGGACCCCGCGUCGUCCGGCCCGUCCAAGGCCAAGAAGACCAACGCCGGCAUCCGGCGCCCCGAGAAGCCGCCCUACUCGUACAUCGCGCUCAUCGUCAUGGCCAUCCAGAGCUCGCCCACCAAGCGCCUGACGCUCAGCGAGAUCUACCAGUUCCUGCAGAGCCGCUUCCCUUUCUUCCGCGGCUCCUACCAGGGCUGGAAGAACUCCGUGCGCCACAACCUCUCACUCAACGAGUGCUUCAUCAAGCUGCCCAAGGGCCUCGGGCGGCCUGGCAAGGGCCACUACUGGACCAUCGACCCGGCCAGCGAGUUCAUGUUCGAGGAGGGCUCUUUUCGGCGGCGGCCGCGCGGCUUCCGAAGGAAAUGCCAGGCGCUCAAGCCCAUGUACAGCAUGAUGAACGGGCUCGGCUUCAACCACCUCCCGGACACCUACGGCUUCCAGAGCUCCGCCGGCGGCCUCUCGUGCCCGCCCAACAGCCUGGCGCUGGAGGGUGGCCUGGGCAUGAUGAACGGCCACUUGCCGGGCAACGUGGACGGCAUGGCUUUGCCCAGUCACUCGGUGCCACACCUGCCCACCAACGGUGGCCACUCGUACAUGGGCAGCUGUGGCGGUGCUGCGGCCGGUGAGUACCCGCACCACGACAGCUCGGUGCCUGCCUCCCCGCUGCUGCCUGCGGCCGCCAGUGGGGUCAUGGAGCCGCACGCAGUCUACUCGGGCUCCACGGCCGCCUGGCCGCCCUCGGCCUCCGCAGCCCUCAACAGCGGCGCCUCCUACAUCAAGCAGCAGCCCCUGUCCCCCUGCAACCCCGCGGCCAACCCCCUGUCUGGCAGUCUCUCCACACACUCCCUGGACCAGCCGUAUCUACACCAGAACAGUCACAACGCCCCAGCGGAGUUGCAAGGCAUCCCGAGGUAUCACUCCCAGUCCCCCGGCAUGUGUGACCGCAAGGAGUUCGUCUUCUCCUUCAACACCAUGGCGUCCUCGUCCAUGCACUCGGCCGGCAGUGGCUCCUACUACCACCAGCAGGUCACCUACCAAGAUAUCAAGCCCUGCGUGAUGUGAGGCCGCCGCUGGCGGGACCCUCCAGGCACGGGCGGCCUGGCGCAGGGACCCGGAACCCAUCGCAAGAAACUGCUUUAUUCUUGAGGUAUAACCGUAGGCAGAAGACAAGGGUUUGACCCCUACCCACCCGGAUUAUUUGGAAAGGAAUCCCCAAGGCCAAGACCCAGCAUGGUGGUCAGAAUCUCCUCCCCCACUCCUUCAAAAAAUUAACAAAUGGUGGCUGUGGGGCCUGGUCUGACUGCAGCUGUUGGUAAAUAAAGUAUCUAUUUUUGAUCCAGUUGAAGCCCGCUGAGAAGGUGCUGUAUUGGCAGAAACCUCAACAUCUAAACAAGAAUUCUGCUGAGGCCUCUCCCCACCUUCCCUCCAAUGGCAAAAGUGGGGGAAGGUUUUCAGAAGAAAGGCAAACAUGUGAGACCAUCAUUAUCAAAUACUUUUAUUUUUUGGUUGAGUAUUUAUCUUUUAAUUUUUAAUUUUUUUUUUUUUUUUUUGGAAAGAAUGUCUUGGAAUGCGCAAGUCUCCUCUUAGAGCCGUGUUUUGCAGGGAAGGGGGGGGCAAGAAAUCACGUCUCCCUCCCCAUCUCAGAAGCCCUCCAGCAACCACAGGUGGAUCUUUGUGCGGACUUGCGUUUCUGAAGCCACUGUUCGUCUUACAAAAGGAAACCAGAAGGAGCCCAGAAGCAGGGGCUCCCGGGGCCUCUGCCCUCCCCUCAGCCCUCCUCUGCCUUCUCUACAGUCCUUUUGGUUUGUUUCCAGUUGCAUUUUGACUUUUUUGGCGGGUGUUUUUCUCACAAGACCCGACUGUCUCCCGAUCUCUACUGUAAAAAACGUGCUGGUGUGAGAGCAAGGGGGUCACAGCGCGGCGCGGGGACAGGGAAGGCCGGUGAGCGCGCGAAUUCAGGAUUGCGGCGACGCAGAAAGGUUAAGGCACUUUUUUAAACUAUAGCAAGGCUCAUCCUGUUAUUUAUUCUACUUUCUUUCCCUAAUAAUCGAAACACCGCAUAGGCUCCUCCGUUUAUCAGUAUUAAUGGUGUAACUUUGUUGGCAAUAUUUGCCGCGUAGAAUUUUUUUUUAGAGAUCCAUUGUAAAUUUGAAACAAAGUCCGAUCUGUGUAAAAACAAAUUUCCAUAUGUUUAUAUAAAUAUAUAUAUAAAAUGAAGGACUACCCCCUUUUUUUAGUAUUUGGCUGCUGGGGUGCAGCGUUUGUGACACGUAUUUUAAAUUUCCUUCUGCACUGUAUAAAAUGACAAUUUGAGGAUGUUUUGCCUUUUGUGUAUUUUUUCCUAAAAAAAGAACAAAAAUAAAAAUGUAUAACAUUUGUACAUUGCCGUUAACAUUGUAUCAACUAGAAAUAAAAUCACAUGAGUAUUUUAUUGGGAUUGGGAUUGCAGAAUAUCUUCCAAACCCCAAAAUAUACACAGAAGCCAGUUUGGGAUCUCUCUAGACUUGUUUGUUGUAUAUGUAAAAUACGGGUGAUGCUGAAUACUUUCUUCUUUUUCUCUUCUCUCCCCCCCCUCCUCCUCCUUCACUUCCCACCGAAGUGAAAUCUGGACAUGAGUAACUAUUUUUCUUGGCUUCUGUUUUUUAAGAAGAGCCCUCUGCCCCCCUAAGUGUCAUUUCUUGUUUUAAAGAUAUAAUCAGAUGUUGAAAGAAAAACCGUGCUCCUCCUUUCCCCAGGGAAAACCAUAUAGAUAUAAGUAUAUAUGUGAUUUUUUUUUUAACUUUUAACUUUUUUUUUUUUUUUUUUUUGCCACCAAUCAGUUUUACUUGGAGUUUCAGGCUUAAUGUUACCAUAUCCUAGCUGCUAUAAAUUAUGAAAGAACUUAAAUUUUUUUGUACAGUUUUUGUCUUUUUGUUUUUGGAGGGUUUUUUGGUUUUGGUGCUCUACACUUGGUUUUCCCCAACUGAGAAGUGAGUGAAAUUUAAGCAAGAAAAGGACCAUUGGUGGGAGAGCAAGGUGACAAAAACAUUUCCAUUCAGUAACAUCUUCCCCAAAGUCAUUGUGGGGGGAAAACACUGUUUAAAACCUGUGUCUCCAGCCGACCACCCUCUUUCUAUUCCAAUUCCCGCUUACCUAAGAAAACAAACAGUUAGAUCACAUUGUCCGUGCGGCCAUUCAGGACCCACCGCAGUUUCUGCCCGUCGUGGGGUCGCAAGCCUCUGAACCUGGUUCUUCUCAAAUUUGACAUUUUGGACUUGAGAGUAAUUUCUCCAGUGCUCUGUUACAUCA